UCUCUGAGAGUCUCUCUCUCCAUUUAGCACCUGAGUUGGCCUUCAGAGCCGCUCCUUGAGGCAGCGAUGCUUCGCACUCUUGUGCUGCCUAUCUCACACAGUCCUGGUACUUCAUCUUCCUUGCGAGAAACUUUGGACAUCCUGAAACCCCUGGCAGGUCGUGCGACAGAGGCACUUCCCCCAGCGCUCUUUCUGGUGAUCCUGGGUGCUCAAUCCGAAGACGUGCCGCACGUGGAUUUGGAUGCUGAGCUGGCUGCGUCGGUCUGUGACCUAUUGGCACAAAUUCCCCGACCAAUCAUUGGUGUGGCGAAAGGUCGCAUCAGUCCUCGAGGAGCUCAACUCCUAGGCUCCUGUGAUCGAGUUCUUGCCUGUGACGACGCACACUUUCUGGAGGGACCCUCGGAACGCCUGGGGGCUGUCCAGACUGUACCGGCUGGAAGCCUAGGCUGCGAAAUGGCCGUGCUGGCGCACUGCUUGGAACGACUGAGCUCUGCGAAGUUGGCAUCCAUGAAGAGCAAUUUCUUGUGCUCCAAGGUGCUUCAGAUGAUGAAGCCAAAGGUAUCCGAUACGAGUGUCAGGAGUGCAAAGGAUGAACUCGCUCGCGCAGAGGCAUUGGUGCCAGACGCCAAAGGUAGGGCCCGCCGGCGCAGCAGCCGGGCCUCACAAGCGUAUUCCAUCAAGGAAGAGGAAAAUGAGGAAGACCUUGAGGAGUGUCUGAGUGAAGCGACGACUACGAGUUCAGGACGUGGUCUUGAGCUGGAAUUUGGAGAUGAUUGAAGCUAUCCUGAUGCAUGUGACAGCAUGUUUUUAUUUUUUCGGACUUCCAGGGCGUGGCAAGAGGGGACAAAGGCCACUGGCAUAGAUGUUGUUCAUUUU